GACAGGAAGGGGGUCCUCAGUCUUGAGAGCAGCACCCAGCACUUCAUCAAGGAAAAGAGAGAGGUGACAGGACAGGGGGAGUACGAGGGAAAUGGACAAUCAGGUUUUCAUGAUCAAUAAGCAGAGUGUUGAGAGCUUACACAGCAGAGCUGGGCUACGUGGGUUCAAAGUCCAGCUCACCGCUAAUCACAUCUGACAUGUAGGAAAUUAUUUCUCCUCUCUAUGCCUCAGUUUGCUUGUCUGUAAAUUGGGGACAAUCAUUGUACCUACCCCCCAUGGAUGGAGUGAGAUUUAAAAUUCACGUGUGUGAAGAACAGGUAAAGACUAGUACAGAGCAGACUGUCAGACACAAGUUAUUAUCAUGGUCACUACUGUUAUUACUGUGAUGAUUCUCAUAGCACAAGGAAAGGGGAGAGUAAUGGAAUCAACAGGAGGGAAGAAACACCCAGAGCCUAGAAGCUCAGCCACUCCACCUGGCAUGAGCUCACCAGGAACUCCUGCCCCCUCAGGGUCAUAGUUUCCCAAUUUAAAUUUCCUCCAACGGUGCACAAAUUUCCCUUUUUCCCACAUAUUCACCGACAGUUAUUUCUUGUCUUUUUUAUAACAGCCAUUCUAACAGGUAUGAGAUGAUACCUCAUUGUGGUUUUGAUUUGCAUUUCCCUGAUGAUUACUAGUGUUGAGUACAUUUUCGUGUACCUCUUGGCCGUUUGGAUGUCUUCUUUGGAAAAAUGUAUAUUCAGAUCCUCUACCCAACUUUAAAUUUAUUAAUAAUAAUCUUUAGAGGGUUUUUUUUUUUUGCUAUUGAGUUGUAUGAAUUCUUUAUAUAUUUUGGAAGUUAAUCCUUUAUGAGAUAAUAUGGUUUGCAAAUAUUUUCUCCCAAAUUGUAGACUGCCUUUUCAUUUUGUUGAUGCUUUCCCUUGCUGUACAGAAGUUUUUAGUUUGCUAUGGUCCCACUUAUCUAUUUUUGCUUUUGUUGCCUUUGCUUUUGGUGUCAAGUCCAAAAAAUCAUUGCCUACACCAAUGUCAAAAAGCUCACUCCCUGUUUUCCUCUAUGAAUUUUAUGGUUUCAGGGUAGCAUCAUUUUUUAAAUUAUCAAAUUUAAGCUCAAAAAGAUUGAGUGACUUAUCCAAAGUCUUACAACUAAUAAAAUGGUAGAAGCAUGUCCAGGUAUAAAGCUAGGGGGGGUUUAAGUAUUGGUGAGGAUGUAGAGAAAAAGGAACCCUCAUGCACUGUUAGUGGGAAUGUAAAUUGGUACAGCCACUGUGGAAAACAGUAUGGAGGUUCCUCAAAAAAUUAAAAAUAGAAAUACUAUAUGAUCCAGUAAUUUCACUACUGGGUAUUUACCCAAAGGAAACAAAAACACUAAUUCAAAAAGAUAUACGCACCCCUAACUUUUAUUGCAGCAUUAUUUACAAUGCCCAAGAUAUGGAAGCAACUCAAGUGUUCAUCCGUAGAUGAAAUGAUAAAUGAGAUGUGGCAUCCAUCUUCAAUGGAACAUUACUCACCCACAAAAAAAAGAUCUUGCCAUCUGUAACAACAUGAAUAGACCUAGAAGGCUUAAUAUCAAGUGCGACAUUAACAUGUGUGAACAACCCUUGAGAAGGUCCUGUGCAGCCUACGCUGACUGCCAGGGCAUGGAUGGCAGGUACUGCAUGUGUGGCCCGGGACAGGAGCUCAUUUCUGAGACAGUGUUCAGGAAUGAGAGUGAGAAUAUGUGUCAAGGGGUCUUAGUGCUGCUACUGCUGACACUGGGACCUGUACGGAAACUGAAAGCCUCUGCCCCCACAGACUGUGCUCAGUGGUGCCCUCCGAAAUCCACGUGUGUCAAUGCCACUGCCUGUCGCUGCUCCCCGGGAUUCAUUUCUUCAUCCGGGGAGAUGUUCACCAGCCUGUUGGAGAGUUGUGAUGACAUCAAUGAAUGUGGACCACCCUCGGCAGUGUCCUGUGGAAAAUUCGCAGACUGCUGGAACACAGAGGGCAGCUACUACUGUACAUGCAGCCCAGGAUACAAGCUUGCUUCUGGGGCAAAAACGUUCAGGAAUGAGAGUGAGAACAUGUGUCAAGUUCACAGUCCUGAGAGCAGACCAGAUGACCAGGACCCAGGAGGAUGUUGUGUGGUGUCUACACAGAGUAACACGGACCCACCCGCAUACACACACGGAGAAUUGGGUGAUGAGAAGCAGCUCCUGUCUAGACCAGAUAGCAAUGGAAGAUAUCAUCGGAGACCAGCAAGCAUUGUUUUUCCCACCUGGACCCCACCCCAUGGAAUCAAGAGCCAGAGACUCUCCCACUUCUUUGAAAGAGUCCAAGAUCUGGGCAGAAAGUUCAUACCAGCCUUUGUCCAGGACACUAUCCAGGACCUUGUACAGGGUGUGGAUGAGCUGCUGGAGACCCCUGAGGACCUGGAGGCCCUGCCCCGCUCAGAGCAGCACUGUGUGGCCACUAACCUGCUUGUUGGUCUGGAGGAUGUCCUGAGAAAUCUGAGCCAGGCCCUGCCCAAUGGGACAUUGACCUUCAACGCAUCUGCAGGCACAGACCUGUCCCUGAAGGUGCGGGAGCAAGGAGAUAGAAAUGUCAUCUUGAGUCAGAGUCAGGUGAAGAUGCUGCUGAACUGGGAUGUGGUGCACGAAUCUGAUGACUCAGGUCCUUCUGUGGUGGGCCUUGUCUCCACACCGGGGAUGGGCAAGUUGCUGGCUGAGGCCCGCCUGGUCCUGGAGGCUGAGAUGCAGGCAGUUCUGCAUGGGGCACACAAGGGCGUGCUGCGAGGAGUCUCCUCUGUCCUGCUCUCACACGUCAUCUCUGCCUUUAUGAGCAACAGGGACACCCAGAACCUCAGCUCCCCUAUCACCUUCAUCUUUUCCCACCAUUCAGUGACCCGUGGGCCAAUGCAAAAGGUGUUCUGCGUCUUCUGGGAUCACACUCCGGAUGGAUAUGGUCAUUGGUCCACCACAGGCUGCAGGAUGGUGGCCACUGGAGACACCAGCACCACCUGCCAGUGCACCCACCUCAGCAGCUUUGCAGUCCUCAUGGCCCACUACAAUGUGCAGGAGGAGGAUCCCAUGCUGGCUGUGAUCACCUAUUUGGGGCUGGGCCUCUCUCUCCUGUGCCUCCUCCUGGCAGCCCUCACCUUCCUGCUGUGCAAAACCAUCCAGAACGCCAGCACCUCGAUCCACCUGCAGCUCUCAAUCUGCCUCUUCCUGGCCCACCUGCUCUUCCUCACAGCCAUCAACCAGACCGAGAUCAAGGUGCUGUGUGCCAUCAUUGCGGGUGCCCUACACUAUCUCUACCUGGAGUCCUUCACCUGGAUGCUGCUGGAGGGUCUGAAUCUCUUCCUCACUGCACGCAACCUGACGGUGGUCAACUACUCCAGUGUGAGCAGGGUCAUGAAGAAGCUCAUGUUCCCCGUGGGCUAUGGAGUCCCAGCUAUAAUUGUGGCCAUUUCUGCUGCAUCCAGGCCUCACCUUUAUGGAACACCCACCCGAUGCUGGCUCCACACAGACAAAGGAUUCAUAUGGACCUUCCUUGGCCCUAUCUGCACAAUUUUCUCCAUUAAUUUGGCUUUCUUUCUGAUGACCUUCUGGAUUGUGAAAACCAAGCUCUCUUCCAUCAACAGAGAUGUGUCCUCCCUCCAGAACACAAGGAUGCUGACAUUUAAAGCCACAGCUCAGCUGCUCAUCUUGGGCUGCACAUGGUGCCUGGGCAUCCUGCAGGUGGGUCCAGCUGCCCAUGUCAUGGCUUACCUCUUCACCAUCAUCAACAGCCUGCAGGGCGUCUUCAUCUUCCUGGUGUACUGCCUCCUCAGCCAACAGGUCCGGGAACAAUACAAGAAAUGGUUCAAAGGGGUCAGGAAAACCAAAGCCGAGUCUGAGAAGUAUACUCUCUCAAGUGGGACCAUGUCUGAUGCCUCCAAACACAGCGUGGAGAAUUAUAAUGAAGAGCUAAGCCUGACGACCUUGUCUCUUAGGAAAUGAAGAAAACACUCUCUGUCAUCCUUUGGGCAAAGAGUAUUAAAAAAUGCUUUUUCAUGUUUAUUACAAAUAACUCUUCUUGGCACCACUGUGGGAGAAAGUAAGCAGUAAAUGUUUGACAUUCAGUUGCUGGAGACUUUUGGUUUUCUGGUGUAUACAACAUUCUCAUCUCACUCCCAGUAUAAUCAGGAGCUAUGACCCAAUACCCCAGUAGAAGCCUCGUCUACAAAAAUUCUUCCUCAGGUUGAUGAUACAUAACAAGGAAAACCAGCCUCAAAGGACUUUCCUAAAAUAGCAUCAGAGAGGAAAGUAAUAUUCACAUACCUGCACGUAGUAUAAACAACAAAUCACAGUUUCUCAAGACUUUCCUGGUUUUAUUAGUAUUAGUAUAGUAUUAAAGUAUUACAUCCCAGAAAACAUUUUGGUUACAGGCAAAGUAGACCAGUUGGUCUUCAUACAUAUAUACAUGCCUCAACUUCUUCACUCUCCAUUUCUAAAGACUUACUAAUUUAUUCAUUUCAAAAAUAUGUACUGGGGGGCGUCUGGGUGGCUCAGAUGGUUAAGUGUCUGCCUUCGGCUCAGGUCAUGAUCCCAGGGUCCUGAGAUCGAGUCCCACAUUGGGCUCCCUGGUCCUUGGGGGCCUGCUUCUCCCUCUGCUUCUCUCUCUCUAUCUCUUAUGAAUAAAUAAAUAAAAUCUUAAAAAAAAAUACAAAAAUAUGUACUGGGAACAGAUCAAGAAGAUCCAAUUCCUGAUUUCACAGAAUUUAAAAGUGGGGGGGGGGAGUUUCAUCAGAGUAAAAUCAGAGCUAUGGGACUAGAGUUUCUGCAUCUUUAUGUUUUAUAAGUUGAGUUGUGGAAAAAGGUGUAUAUGGCUACUGCACAUUUUGUGAGAUGUAUUUAUAGAUAACAUUAUUUCACCCUCAUGCAGUCUAAGCAAGAUCUAAAUCCAGAGCAGUUACACCUACAAGAAACUCCCUGAGGGCUCCCUCUGACCAAUUCUGUAUCAAUUUGAACAUCAAGGAAAAUGACUGUACAUGAUUAUAAUGUUUUAAAUAAGCAUAUCCAUGAGUCCAUACUGAUACUUUAAAAGAUCAUCUAAUAGAUGUAGAAAAUACAACAGAAUUAGAAGAGCAUGUUUCUUUUAAUAUCCCAUAAAUGGCCACUACGAGCACUGAGUAAAAAGCUUUGGAGAACAGGCUGGGGACCACAGUGCCAAAGAAUCACCUCACAGACUACCAAUUAAUUACAAGGGACAAAGUAUACAUUUGCAACAUGGAGAUCUGACAGCCACCAUCUGAAACUAAUGAUGAAAUUUAAUAUCAUCAGUGGUGGGCAAACUGACUUUAUGUAUCUCCUGAUAUGUCAUGAAAUUACAACAUCCCAUUUUUAGUAAAUAAAGAAUUAUUAACAAAUCAGUCUAACUGAAAUCUAAUCCAGUCUUUAGGCUGUGGAUUGGCAAAGUAUAGCAUGCAGUCCAAAUCCAGGGAUUUUCCUGUUUUUGUUAAUAAAGUUUUAUUGGAACACAACCACACCCUUUCAUCGAUGGAUUACCUAUGGCUGCUUUCAUGCUACAAUGUCAGAGUUGAGUUGUGACAGAAGCUGUAAGGCCACAAAGCCAAAAAUGUUUGCUACCUGGCCCUUUUUAGAAGAAGCUUGCUGAUAUCUGUCCUUUUAGACCUAACUAUCAAUAUUAUGAAAUACAGGGGACAAAACAAUUUAAAUGACAUCAUGAGGAAACCAUCAGGCAAAUCCUGAACAUGGGCAUUCAACAAGACAAUUGGCCUGCCCUCGUCUAAAAUAUCAUUUUUAAAGGUGACUAGAGCACUGGGUGUUAUACACAAACAAUGAAUCAUGGAACACUACAUCAAACACUAAUGAUGUACUGUAUGGUGACUAACAUAACAUAAUAAAACUUAGAAAAAAUAAAAGUGACUAGAGGAUGCUCUGAAUUAAAAGAAAUGAAAGUGACAUAACAAACAAAUUCAGUGUCAAUUUUAGUAGGACUCUUGUUCAGAUACACAACUAUCCAUGACAUUUUGGAGGCAAUUAGGAUAAUUUGAAUAUGUAUCAGACAUUGAAAGUAAUUAUGAAAUUGUUGCUAAUUUUCUUGGGUAUAAUGAUAGUAUUGUGGUUAUGUAGAGAACAUUCCUUGAAUUCUCAAAUAUUUGUCGAGAAAGUAUUGAAGAAUGAAGUGUCAUGAUGUCUACCACGUAUUAUCAUAUGUUUUAGCAAGAAAAUUUAAUCCGCGUGUGGAAAUAAGUUGAGAAAGGUGUUUUAAUGUAGCACUAUGUUAACAAUUGUUGACUCCUGAUGGAGAGUAUAUGAGUGUUUAUUGUAUCAUUUUUCCAAAUUCUCAAUGUGUAAAAUGGUAAAUAAAAGGUGUCAGAAAAGUAGAUAAAUAUAUUAGUUAUUAAUUCAUUAAAGAUAUAUACUCUCAUAAA